AUGCGAUUCAUAAAUGUGGUGGCUGAAGAUUUGUUGAUACACACACUGUAUAAGCCUGGGAAGAGCAAUAUUGCAGAUGUACCUUCAAGACUGAUUAACACCAACAGCAAGUUUCCACUACCAAGUACAGAAGAUGAAGAAGAUAAGCUGGUACUGGUAUUAGCUGAAACUUCCAUAAAAGCUGUCACUAUAGAAAAGGUAAGAGAGGCCACUUUACAAGAUGAAGAGUUGACACGGCUAAAAGAUGCCAUAGAAAGAGAUGUUUGGACCAAAGAGCUGAGAUCAUAUGAACUAAUAAAGCAAGAGCUAUGUACAAUAGAUGACGUUAUUCUCAGAGGUACUAGACAAGUUAUACCCAAACAAUUGAUACCGUCAAUACUGGAAAUAGGGCAUGAAGGACAUCUUGCUACUAAUUCUAUGAAAGCUAAACUGCGGUGCAAGGUAUGGUGGAAAGGCAUGGACAGUGAUAUAGAAUACUGGUGUGACACAUGUGAAGGCUGCCGCUUGGUAGGACGAGGGGCUGGCCCAGAACCUAUAAUGCCCACAGAAUUACCUACUAAAGUGUGGCAACUAGUUGGAAUUGACUAUCUUGGGCCACUGCCCUCGGGACAUUACCUUCUAUGCAUUGUGGAUUACUACAGUAGAUACUUGGAAGUGGAAAUAUUAAAACAACAAACAGCCGAAGUAACAAUACAGACUUUAGAAAAAAUUAUAUAUCGGGAAGGAAUAAUGGAUGAAAUAAUCUGUGAUAAUGGACCUGCUUUCAUAGACCAAAGGUUCAAGGAAUUUCUUGACAUCAACGGGAUUCGGCUAAGACAUACUACCCCGUUGUGGCCCCAAGCCAACGGAGAAAUUGAAAGACAGAAUAAAAAUAUCUUGAGAAGACUGAGAAUUGCACAGGGACUUAAACAAAACUGGAAAAGAGAGCUGCUCAUUUAUCUAUCUGCUUACCGAUCAGCUCCACACAGUACCACUGGACUUCCUCCUGGAAAUGUAUUUCGAGGAAGGAGCAUAAGAACUAAAUUACCAGAAAUAGAACAAAAUAAUAGCCUUGGAGAUGAAGCAAUGCGUGACAUGGACAGAUUAAAAAAAGAUCAAUUCAAACAGUAUGCUGACAAAAGAAGGCAUGCAAAAGAAUCUGAAAUUCAGCCUGGAGAUAAAGUCUUGGUCAAGCAAAGAAAGGAAAACAAAUUAAGUACCACAUUUUCUCCAAGUGAGCACACAGUUGUAUGGAAAAGUGGAAAUUCUGUAGCAGCUCAAUCACCGGAGGGGAAAAUAGUCAGAAGGAACUCUUCCCAAUUUAAACCUAUAAAGAAUAGAGACCUGAGCAGAUUUGGCAUAGACGAGACAUUGUCAGAGUCUACAGAAAGAAAAAUAGAUAAGAAGAAAGAGGAUCUACCGGAUGUGACUGAAACUAUACCAGAUUUAGUCUCAUCUUAG